CUACAAGCCUAGAAGCACGAAGGAAAGUCGGAUUCUUAAUUUAUAAGUAAGAAAAACAUAAGAUUUCUAAGAUUACAAAGCCUUCUCCAUAUAUAAAAGGAGAGCCCUCCCUAGACACCUUCUCCCUCCCUGUGCAGAGCCAUGAACACUCUUGUCCGAAGCACCACCUCCACUUUGGGCCGCAGGUUCGACGGGUACCUGCCGUUGGCUCAAAAGGUUGAACAUGGCCGGAGCCGGAGAUCGCUGUCGAAGAGAAGAAAGGAACCUCAUGGCAUGGUGACUUCACUGAGCUAUAGAAGGGAGAGAGCUAAGCAAAGAGGAGUGUUUCUCAAGUCAUACAAGCUGGAAAUGGUUGACAAAUUAGGACCAUCAAGGAGAAGGAAGCUCCAUAAGACUGUUCUGAAAGCAAGGGCAGUGGUGGUCUCUGUAGCGUCAUUCCUGCGAAUCGGCUCCUUAAGAUCCUGCAAUUCAAGAUCAUCCAUUUGUGUAUCUUCUCCAACUGCAAUCAAAAAGUUUAUGUAGUCAGUUCUACUGAUUUUCCUUCAUCUUUUUUUUUUCUUGCAGCAAUCUCACAGAUCCCAGUGUUUUUCGUCCCAACUAUACCAAAUAUUGAGGUAGACGCACACGAUUUCACAUGAAU